AUGACCGUCAAGCAUCUCUUUGUGGAAUUCAACAAGGUGAACGAACAAGGCACCUUCUCCCCCGGGGACAUCCUCUCUGGAAAUGUGAUAGUGGUGACCAGCAAGGAAAUCAAAGUGCAGUGUUUUUCGGUCAAAGCCAAAGGGAAGGCUAAGGUAACUUGGCAUGAAAAAGAAGGAGAGGAUAUUGUGGCCCACAGCAACAAGAAGAAAUACUUUUAUUUUGAGCACAUUAUUCUUCAAGAUAAAAAGGGAGAUGGUUCAGUAACCAUCAGCCCUGGGAGGAAUGUGUAUUCAUUCAACUUUGUAAUUCCAGAUGUAGACAUGCCUUCAUCUUAUGAAGGGAAAUGGGGCAGGAUCAUAUACAGUUUGCGAGCACAGCUUACUCAGUCGAUUUGGCUUGUACACAAAACCAAGACUGAGUUUCCUUUUCGGACCAAGUCUGAGUUCCCCUUUGCCUCCAAAUCAGAAAUGAUUAUCAUUGGACUUCAGGAGCAACAACACGCAACUAGGAUUUCAUUUUAUGGCUCUGGAAAGGUAACUAUGAAUGUUACCUCAGAAAAAAUGGGAUUAAAGCAAGGUGAGGCAAUGGGAGUCUCUGUGGAAGUGCUCAAUGAUUCAGCACAUGCAGUAAUACCCAAAUUCUACCUGUGUGAGAAGCAGACCUUUGUUGCUCAGUCAAAGAGGAAAGUGCACACAAAUGACAUCCUGUUUGGGACAGGAGAGCCUGUUCCGGCUGAAACCAGUCAGACCACCACCAAAGUUCUUAGUAUCCCUCCGCAGCUCCCUCCUACCUUCUUCAACUGCUGCAUGAUGAAGCUGGAGUACCGACUCAAGGUUACCCUUGAUGUCCCUCUGUCAAGAGAGCCUGUAAUCAAACUCCCUCUGGUCAUCCUGCUGGGUUCACCAAAACCACAUGAGAAAAAGACGAAAAAGAGAUCCAUCUGGUUUAGAAAGCUUCCUAGUUAG